AUGUCAUCCAAUAAAAGCCAGGCAUCCGGUUUCGUGUUUACCGGUUGGCAUAUGCUUGGCGUGAUGGUUCUGUUCUUCGGCACCAUCAUCACCGUCAACAUGGUGAUGGCGUGGAAUGCCGUUGCCAGCUGGAGCGGGCUGGUGGUGCCCAAUACCUAUGUCGCCAGCCAGCAGUUCAACGCCAAGGCCGAAGCCGUCAAGGCAAGGGCUGCGUCCGGCAUCAAGGGCAAGCUGGUGGUGGAUGAAAACACCGUGCGCUACGAGGUGUUUCAUCUCGAUACCGGCUGUGUUGAUUCGGAUACGGGAUCCGACUGA